CCUUCUUGCAUUGCACAUCAACCCAUUGACUUUGGAAGUCAAGUCAGGCACAUUCGUGCUGCACAGGAUCUCGUCAUGACUACCCUCAAACCUCGCGAGCCUUACUCUCCAGAGGAGUUGGAACGCCUCUACCCCAGCGAUUUGAAGCUUCAACUGGUCCAAGUGUUCCUUCGUCAUGGUGAACGAACGCCCGUGUCUUCGCGGUUUCAGAAUGCGGGACUCGCUCCUUACUGGUCAUACUGCACCGUCGCGCGGCAGAUGCUUCAGAUGGCUGCCAGCAACAAGGAUCUGACAGCCUGGAACGGAUUCCAAUGGCGUCGGAAGCACGAGUCGUUCGGCAGCAAGGAUGAGUCUGUCGCUGCGGUCGGCGCGACAGGUGACAUUGAAGGAAUAUGUCUACACGGCGAGUUGACCGACAAGGGACGGGAGACAACCUAUGCACUCGGUCAGCGGCUGCGCCAUCUCUACGUCGAUCAGCUCGGCUUCUUGCCCAAGAUCAAAUCCGAUACAGAAGACAUGUACCUCCGUGCGACUCCCAUUCCGCGAGCUCUCGAAUCCCUUCAACAAGCCUUCUGGGGCCUGUACCCUCCCAAUGCCCGCACCCAGGACUUCCCACCCCCGGUGAUUGUAGGACGAUCCGUAUCGGAAGAGACGCUAUUCCCCAACGAAGGCAACUGCCGUCGCUUCCGCCAGCUUUCGCGGCUAUUCGCAGACAGGGCCGCAGCGCGAUGGAACGACACUGACGAAAUGGAGUACCUUAACAAGCUAUGGUCCAAAUGGAUGCCUGACACUUCCCCGCGCGUCGCCGUGGACUCGCACCCGCGCCUUUCAGGUAUCAUGGACACCGUCAACGCAACCGACGCCCACGGCCCGGCCACGCGCCUCCCCAAGGAAUUCUACGAUCCCAAAGCCCGCGAAUACAUGGACCGCAUCGCCGUCGACGAAUGGUACUCCGGCUACACCGACAGCGUGGAGUACCGCAAGCUCGGCAUCGGCGCCCUUUUGGGGGACGUCGUCGACCGCAUGGUCAGCACAGCCGUCUCCCCCCGGGGCUGGCGCAGCGAGGCCGCUACCCUCCAGACCCAAAACAGCAAAGCUAUCAAAUUCGCCAUGAGCGGCUGCCACGAUACUACCCUGGCCGCCAUCCUGUCCAGUCUCGGCGCUUUUGGGAACAGCAAAUGGCCCCCCUUCACCUCCUCCGUCGCCAUCGAACUCUUCUCCAAGGCCGCACCCGAUAACACCCCUAGCCUAAAUGAAGUAGGAGGAAGCAGCUCCUCUUCCCUCAUCUCCUUCCUUCCGUCUUCCGCACAGUCAAAAGAGGAGGAGACCGCCCGCGUCCCCUUGUCUGCCCUCCCGGACCCCGCCCGCCAAGCCCUCCGCACCCACUACGUCCGCAUCCGCUACAACGACCGCGUUGUGCGCGUCCCCGGCUGCGCCGCGAAGCCCGAGAACCACCUCCCCGGCGACGAGACCUUUUGCACGCUGGACGCCUUCAAGGAGAUCGUCGAUAAAUUUACGCCGCGUAACUGGAGUGAGGAGUGCAUGCAGAAUCUGGGCGAGGGGUUGUUCGGGAAAGAUGAUCGUGAGAAGGUGCCUGCUGGGGUCUGAAUGAAACCUUCGUCAAGUUGGAUUUCGGGUUGGCUAGGCUGUGUGAUCUGCAAAUUGGGGAAUGCAUCAUGGGGGGCGGAUGGUGGGUUUUGUUUAUAAUGGACUAUGAUUGGAG